AUGCACCGGCAUCAGUUGCCAAACAGCAAGAUAGGCAGAACUUCUACUUGCAAUUACGAUGGAGUUUAUGAGCAAUCCAUCACACCCUCCCUCUACUCCGCAGUGGAGUUUCAAACCUAUGCAGCCUAUGCGGUGUCGUUCAACCUUUCUUCCAAAGACGAAGUUGCCGAUAAAAUCCAGAGGCUGUGCAACAACAAGGCAUCCGGAGAGGACGAUAUUCCUGCUGAAAUCUACAAAUUUUGUGUCGAAACUCUGGCUCUUUGGCUUCAUAAGCUGAUUGGACAAGCCUGGCGAGACGAGGCCGUUCCCGAUGACUGGGGUUCAGGUAUCCCUGUACCUGUCUACAAGAAAAGAGAUAAGACAAGAAACGAGAAAUCCCGUGGCAUAAGUCUUAUCGACGUUGCUGCGAAGAUUUUCGCUAUUGCCCUUUUCAGGCGGUUCCAGUCGGUGCGUGGCUCUAGGGCGCGGCCCAACCAAGACAGAUUCCGCGCUGUACGUGGAUGUGCGAAUCAAACAUUGACACGGAGACGGAUUCUUUAA